GACAUCCACAUGGGCAGAAUCAUCUUCUACGAGGACAGGAACUUCCAGGGUCGCUCCUAUGAGACCAGCAGCGACUGCGCCGAGUUGACCUCCUUCCUGAGCCGCUGCAACUCAUGCCGGGUGGAGAGCGGUUGCUUCAUGGUCUACGAGCGCCCCAAUUUUAUGGGUCACCAGAUGCUGGUCCGCAGAGGAGAGUACCCUGACAACCAGCGCCUGAUGGGAAUCAGCAUGAGCGACUGCAUCCGUUCCUGUCGCAUCAUCCCCAUGCACCGAGGUCCAUUCAGGAUGAAGAUCUUCGAGAGAGAGAACUUUGGAGGUCAGAUGAACGAGCUGCUGGACGACUGCGACAACAUCUUGGACAGUCUGCGCAUGUCCGACUGCCUGUCCGCCCAGGUGCUGGAGGGCCACUGGCUCCUGUAUGAGCAGCCCCAUUACAGGGGCAGAAUGCUCUACCUGAGGCCCGGAGAGUACAGGAGCAUUAGAGACAUGGGGCUGGGUCCGGUUGACAUGAGGAUCGGGUCUAUUAGACGCAUCAUGGAAACUUGUUAA